AUGGCUUCCAACGAGCCUCCCGCAAAGAGGCUGAAAAGCUCGAACCUCCCGCCGUCACUCCGCGAUGCAAAGCGCAAAGAUAUUGACAACUGGGAGACGAACCGGAUGUUGACCUCCGGCGUUGCCCAGAGACGCGACUUCAGUGGUGACUUUAUGCCCGAAGAUGAAGAAGGCACGCGUGUCCAUCUGCUCGUCCACGACCUCCGCCCACCCUUCCUCGAUGGCCGCACGAUCUUCACGAAACAGUUGGAGCCAAUCUCCGCCGUCCGAGAUCCUCAGAGUGAUAUGGCUGUCUUUAGUCGCAAAGGUAGCAAAGUUGUACGGGACCGGCGACAGCAGCGGGAGCGUCAGAAGCAGGCGCAGGAGGCGACAACGGUUGCUGGCACCGCGUUGGGGAAUCUGAUGGGUGUGAAGGAAGAUGAGGGCGACACUGCUGUCGCGAUGCCUGUGGAGGAGGUCUACAAGGGUGGAGGGAACAAGUUUGCGCAGCACAUGAAGAAGCAGGGUGAGGGCGGGCAGAGCUCCUUCAGCAAGAGCAAAACGCUGCGCGAACAACGGGAGUUCUUGCCGGCAUUUGCUGUUCGGGAGGAUCUUCUGCGGGUUAUACGUGACAACCAGGUCGUUGUGGUCGUUGGAGAGACGGGGUCCGGGAAAACGACACAGUUGACCCAGUUCCUCUACGAGGAUGGCUACGCUAAGUUCGGAAUGAUUGGAUGCACACAACCUCGUCGAGUCGCUGCAAUGAGUGUCGCCAAGCGUGUGAGUGAAGAGAUGGAAGUUGAUUUGGGAGAUCUCGUUGGAUACGCCAUUCGAUUCGAGGACUGCACUGGUCCGAACACAGCCAUUAAGUACAUGACUGACGGUGUCCUCCUUCGAGAGUCACUGGUUCAGACUGAUCUUGACAAAUACGCAUGUAUCAUUAUGGACGAAGCGCAUGAGCGUGCUCUGAAUACGGAUGUUUUGAUGGGUCUCUUGAAGAAGAUUCUGGCUAGACGGAGGGAUUUGAAGUUGAUCGUCACAUCAGCCACGAUGAACGCAGAACGAUUUUCGAGGUUCUUCGGCGGCGCUCCGGAAUUCAUCAUCCCAGGAAGAACUUUCCCUGUGGAUGUUCAUUUUUCUCGCACGCCCUGUGAAGAUUACGUCGAUAGCGCUGUCAAGCAGGUCUUGGCCAUCCACGUUUCACAAGGCCCCGGAGAUAUCUUGGUCUUCAUGACAGGACAGGAAGAUAUUGAAGCAACAUGCGAACUUGUCGAUGAACGAUUAAACCUGCUCAACGACCCGCCGAAACUUAGCAUCUUGCCGAUUUACAGUCAGAUGCCUGCCGAGCAGCAAGCGAAGAUCUUCGAACGAGCUGCUCCCGGCGUGCGAAAAGUGAUAGUAGCGACCAAUAUUGCGGAGACCAGUCUGACGGUCGAUGGUAUUAUGUUCGUGGUGGAUUCUGGCUACUCCAAACUGAAGGUUUAUAACCCUAAGAUGGGUAUGGACACGCUCCAGAUCACGCCAAUCUCGCAAGCAAAUGCCAACCAGCGCUCUGGAAGAGCUGGCCGGACUGGGCCUGGUAAAGCUUAUCGACUUUACACGGAGGUGGCUUAUAAGAAUGAGUUGUACCUGCAAACUAUUCCAGAAAUUCAGCGAACCAGUCUUUCAAACACAGUCCUUCUCCUCAAAUCCCUCGGCGUGAAAGAUUUACUCGACUUUGACUUCAUGGACCCUCCACCUCAAGAAACUAUUUCCACCUCUCUCUUCGAACUAUGGUCCCUAGGGGCCCUCGACAACCUAGGCGAUCUCACCCCAUUGGGACGCCAAAUGACUCCCUUUCCCAUGGACCCUCCGCUUGCAAAGCUCAUUAUUACAGCCGCAGAACAAUACGGCUGCAGCGAGGAAAUGCUCACGAUUGUCUCGAUGCUCUCAGUACCAAACGUCUUCUACCGCCCGAAAGAGCGGCAAGAAGAAUCCGACGCCGCGCGCGAGAAGUUCUUCGUCCCCGAAUCAGAUCACCUAACGCUCUUACACGUCUACACGCAGUGGAAGUCAAACGGCUACUCAGACCACUGGUGCGUGAAGCACUUCCUGCACGCGAAGACCCUCCGCCGCGCCAAGGAAGUGCGCGACCAGCUCAACGAUAUCAUGGUUAUGCAGAAGAUGCCCCUCGUCUCCUGCGGGACAGACUGGGACGAGAUCCGCAAAUGCAUUUGCUCGGGCUUCUACCACCAAGCUGCGAGGGUGAAGGGUAUCGGCGAGUUUAUUAACCUCCGCACGAGCGUCACCAUGGCGCUUCAUCCGACCAGCGCGCUUUACGGCUUAGGUUAUGUGCCCGAGUACGUCGUCUACCACGAACUCAUUCUCACGAGUAAGGAGUACAUGUCUACUGUGACCGCUGUCGAUCCACACUGGCUUGCCGAACUAGGUGGCGUCUUCUACAGCGUCAAAGAAAAAGGCUACUCUCACCGCGAACGCCGUGUCACAGAACAAGAGUUCAACCGCCGCAUGGAGAUCGAAUCCCAGAUGGCCGCGGACCGCGAGCGCGCCGCGGCGGAGAAACAGCGGGAAAAGGAGAAGACGGAGUCCUCGAGACGGAAGAAUGAGGUCGAGGUUGGUGGCGGAAGACCUGGUGUCGGAUUUGGGUCUGCGGUGCGCAGGCCGGCCGUUGCGGGCAGGAAGGUUGGCGGUGGCUUGACGGCUUCGUCGACCACAAACCGAAAUGGUGCCUCAGGCGGUGGUGGAGGCAGUGUGGUCAAGAAGCCGCAAAUUAAGCGCAAGCCAGGACGCGCGUUCUGA